CAGCACAAUUAUUGACCUUGACAUAGAAAAUCGAUAUGUUGAAAAUUUUCGAAAUCGGACCAAAAUUACGCCCACUUUCAACUCCCAAAUUGCCCUCGCUAGGGCAGGCACCUUGUCGUUGGUGCGGGGGCUUAGCUGAAUUUCCGAUCAGCCCAUCUCUGGUCUGGGGUUUCGUGGACGCGCUCGUCGCUUCUGCGCUACCUUGUCUCCAGAUUGGGGCUGCCGGCAAACGGUGACCAAGAACUGCCACCUCCUAAUCCAGGGUGUUACGCGACACCGUGCCUAUUGGACGGUUUGCAGCCAGGAGGGAAUAAACCGGCUGUAAUAUAACGGCGCCUCUUCGACACCGGGCCGCAUCGAGGAGUAACGGUGGCCUUACCGCGACAUGGGGAGCUGGCGCGGUUGACCAGAUGAGAUCCUCUUUUACAACUUUGACUGCUGAGCUUGCCUAGCCGAGCUGGCAGUCGUACGAACAAGAUGAAUACAACUAAAAACCAUAAAAACACAAAAACAACAAAAACAACAAAAACCAACGCGAAAUCCGCGAAAACAGCUACAGCUACAGCUACAGCCACAACAGCUGCAACAGCCACAACAUCAGCAACAGCUUCUACAACAGUCACAACUACAGCUACAACAGCAGCAGCAGCCACGAAGACAGUUAUGUCAAUGGCACCAAAGGUACCAACGGCCAAGCUCGGCAGUACUAUGCUGGGCGAAAGUAAAGGCACCAGGCGCAGGGGAGGCUUUCUUGCGAGCCUAUCCGAGGAGGAGGCUGCCCUUUUUAUUGAACACGCCAGAGAAGAUGAGAGGCCAAGCACUAGCAGUGGCGGCGUGGAUCGGGCGCAGCUUCGGUCGGAGGGCACCAAGGGAGCAGAGGCUCUGGCCUCAAAAAAUAGGCACCGAUCGCCAAGCAGGAACCGGGAGGCCAGUCGGCGUCGCUCCAGGAGUCGUGACCGCUUCGGGAGCCAUGACCGCUCUGGGAGCCGAGGCCGAUCCGAGGGUCGGCAUCGCUCGAAGAGCAGGCAUCGCUCAGGCAGUGGGCACCGCUCUAGCAGUAGGCACCGCAGGUCUCCUAGUCGAACCUCAUCGCUCGAGUCAGGGUGGCAGCUGCAAGACAGCAAAAAGAGAAGCCGCAGGUGUAGACCGCCUCCACUUCCGCCCUCCGGUCAACCGGGAGCCCUUGACGACCACCAUCGAGCUGGUCUUAGUGGGUCGGGAGUCAAGUGGUAUCUCCGGUACCUGGAGCAGGGGAAGAAGCCGAGCGUAGCCCGCGCAAUGGCGGAAGUAAGACAAGAGGUGGAGAAAGAGGCACAAGAGAGUGGUAAGACGGCUGCAACCGCUGGUAUGCAGCAGAGAGGUGAACUACCCGCGCCUGCUGAAAAGCAGAGAAGCGGGCAACAGCAGCAGAGACCCGCGCCCGCCAAAUGGCGGAGAAGCGGGGAACCCACAGGUACCACAACAGGCUCAACAACAGCUACUCCAAAACGCACCAGCCUACAGGUCACACCACCUGAGCCACCGUCCCCCAAACGGCCGCGGGGGCUCCCACCCCCUCCAACAGAGUCUAGGGGCUUGGAUGGGUCCGCGGGCCAGGGUCAGCCACAGGAGGGAAUCACUAAGCAGCCUAGCUAUUCGGAUGCUCUUAAAGGCAUCCGGGUGGCUGUACUGCCCUGUGAUUACCCUGCUGCUGCCCUAAGCCCUGAGGACCUGACCAAACUCCAGGACGCCAUCAUGGAUGAGGUCCUUAAAGGGUGGAAGCACGCACUGGUCUUUUGUGGGGUAUUUUUCAGGUCAGGUAUGCUCCUUGUGGACUGCAAGGAUGAGCGGACCGCAGCAUGGCUGGUGGAUAAGGCACCAAACAUUGAGGGAUGGGAGGGGCCCGCGUUAUGUACCAAGAGGGGGGAUGAUAUCCCGCCGGUGCAUAAUAUCUCGGUGUUCUUCCCAAGAUGCGCCGAUAAAUCGGCGGAGUACGUGCUGGGGCUCAUCAAGGCCCAGAAUGAGGACAUCCACACUGCUGCGUGGAAGGUGGUUUCAUGCGGCGCCGAAGAUAACGGUCUCAGGCUCAACCUGGGGAUCGAUGAGGCGUCGUAUGUCAGCAUUAAGAGGGCCGGAUUCACAAUCAACUUCCGGUACAGUUUUGUUACGGUGCGGCCAUGGCGGCAUAAGACGACAGGCAGCAAGGAGUCAGAGUCCCAAGACAUGCAAGUCGACGAGACUACUGACUCCACUGCUGCCCCAGCGACCGAGUCGACCACGGCCCCACUGGGAGAUCAGCUAUCGGAAUUAGCACAGGCACCAGCUCUUGUGAGCGCUCCCGGGCCAAGUGUCACCGACUACAUGCGCACCACACAAGAGCUCCUAGCGGACAUAAGCAGGCUCGAACUCGACAGAGAGGGCGAGGGUGAGGCACGGCUCUCGAACAUCGAGGACGAGCCCCAACUAUGAGCCCAACAGCGCUAACAGUAGCCCAGGUCAACUUGCAUCACGCGGUGGCCGCCUCGGCGAUCAUUGCAAGCAGGUUUGCCACGGAGGACCUGGGAAUCCUACUGAUUCAGGAACCGUGGACCUACAGAGGCCAGGUGAGGGGCCUCAAUCAUAACAACAAUAAGGUAAUUUGGGACCUUUCCUGCGAGAGGCCCAGAGCGUGCGUAGUGCUAAAGAAUAAUAUUAAUUACUUUUGCAUUACAGAAUUUCUUACACAGGAUCUGGUAGCGGUCCAAGCUACCUUAAGGGUCAACGGGAAGGAACUGGAGGUGGUCUUGGCUGCAGCCUACUUUCCGGGGGACAACGCCAACGUGCCGCCUCUUGAGGUACAGCAGCUGCUGGAAUUUUGCCGCAGGAAACGACUUCCGGCGAUUCUUGGCUGCGAUGCGAACGCCCACAAUAUAGAGUGGGGCAGCUCGGACACAAACCGUAGGGGAAUACUAUUAUAUUCCGCGUAAGGGUAAAAAAUGCCCUAGUGGAAAGCUGUACGGGAAAUACGUCAAUCAACGCAGUAAGAAAAGGAAGACAACAUACCUUGAACAAAACACACCACCACCUGCUAGUACUAAGACUAAUCCUUCCACCAAAAAUUACGAAGUUCCUGAAAUUGAUUUUACGAUAUGUAGAGCAUUAAAAGCAACUCUCAGCAGAAGCAUUGCAGAUUGGAAUGAAGUCAGAGAUAAAUGGCAAAAGACAUUUAGCUUGCGACAGAAUGACUUAAAGGAACUGACCAACAUUGAUUUUCUCCAAGCCUGGCCCAAAUAUUCUGAUUCGCGGGCUCCUGACUUGAUAAAACUUGACUUUAAGAUCAUGUACCCUGACAAGGAGGAUUGUUUGUAUUCGAAAUGGGAAAUAUUUACGGAAAAAAUUCAACGAUUUUAUGAAACUAAUGUACACAACGAUUUCUGCAAACAGCUCUUUUCUCUUGCUAAAGCUUCAACGAACAAAGAUACGCAAGACUACAUUCUUACAACGCUGCUGAAUGGAGUUCUUCCACCUUCAUCAAGGUUUCAAAGUUCGUGCGGAAAGCUAAGAAAGAAAGCAACAAUAGCAGACUGGCAACAAAGCUUUGUUUUUCGAUUAACUUCAAUCAACGAUUACGAAAGGAAAAUUACUGAGUUGAUAAGUAUGUACUAUUCUGUAGGAAUGACAAUACAGCCUUUUAUAAUUGUGGAAGGAAUAGCUGAGGGUGAUAUAAGAGGAUUUUAUAUAUAUUUUGAUAAAACAUUGUAUAACUUUGAGUCGUUUCUAGAAUGCGUAGAUAUAUGUUUCAAAAUCUUUCACACUCUUUGCCUAAAAUAUCCUCAGGCAUGCGAAACUUCUUGGGUUUUCUUACAACAGUUUUUUUUUUAAUUUAUACUGAAUAUGACUACAAGUCGGCAAAUUUAACGUCUCUUUUGAAUUUCAUGGCAUAUAAUUAAUUGCUUUAAAAUGUUUAUUUGCUUCAAGAGCCACAAAAAAUGUGCAGAAAUUUAUACCUUAAUAUAUCAUUUUAAAGUAGAUCAUAAGCUUUCUACGAAACUUUUACGACUGCAAUGCAAGCAAGAUAACUGUAAUCAAUUAUUUACAAAAAUUUAAAAACACAUACGAACCAAACGUAACUCCAACUGAAGCUAUAACGAUACCAAUUUUAAGUAAUAAUUUAAGUACGGAAACAGAACCUCAAGAUGUUGAUAAUUCAUCAAUGCAAAAUAUUGUUAAUGAAAGUAAAAAUCUAAAGAAAAAGGCACUGUAUUUAUCUUUAAGUUUGUAUACUCAAAACAAUUUGCCUAGGAAACAAGUAAUCGAUAUUCAGACUAUGGUAUCUUCUUUGCUUUUGUCCGUAUCCUUUACUAUUCAGCAUGUAUUAAGCUCAGAGGCUAUCAGUGAUGUCAAUGUAGACUUACAAUUAUUGCUAGAGUUUUGCAAGAACCCGUUUCAGGAAAUAAGUUCCGAAUAUAUGCUUUUUUAGAUAUUAAAGGAGCUUAAUUUAUAUGAACAUCCAAAGACUAUAAUCAUAAAAAAAUCUGUUACUGAAACAACAAUACACGGGAACCCAACCUUUACUCUUAAAUCUUUCGACAUAUAUAUUAUGCCUUUAAAUUUUCAGUUCAAAGCUAUUUUUGAGAUUCCAUGCCUUGGAGAGCACAUUACAGAACACAGAAAGAUACUUGAAAGAAAGUAGUUUACAGAACUUUGUUAGCGGCGAAAUAUUUAAAUCACGAAAAGAUUCAAUCUGAGCUAGUUAUACCAUAUAUUCUUUAUCUUGAUGAUUUCCAAAUCAACAAUGCGCUUGGCAGUCAUACUUACUCGAUAUGUGGAUGCUAUUUUAGUUUUCCGUCAAUGCCAAAACAUCUGUUAUCAAAACUAGAAUACAUUUUCCAUGGAGCUUUCAUUUCAACAAAAACAGUUAAAUGCAGUGGUGUUGAGAACUCGUUUUAUUACCUUGUAGAAGAGUUAAAGCUUCUUGAAGAAGGCAUUGAAAUUUUAACAAAAAAUGGAAAUAAAA